UGCCCUCCUUCAGCUCCUCCAGGAGGGAGAAGAGGGACUGGAACUCGGCUUCCAGGUCUUCCUGCACCUUGGCCGAGUUCGCCUUUGGAGAGACAUUGUGGGGUCAGAAGGGCUAGGAUUGUCAAAGCCGGUGCUCAGAUGGGGAAACAGGCCUGGCCGUGGCAGCCAGGCCCGCGAGUCCCAUGGACAUCAGCAGAUUAGCUCGUAUGGCUGCCCCUCCCUCCCUCCUGGGGGGGGUGACUUCCUUACCUCCACGUUCAACAGCAUCUGCUUGAGGGAGUAGAUGAAACUCUGAAUCUCUUCGUUUUUCACAGCCAGUGUCGUGAUGAUCUUCCGCAGAGCCUCCUGCCCCCAGGGAAGCGCGCACACAGGCCUGCAAGGAGCCACAGGCCUGAGUGUGCAGCAGGCACCCAAGUUGCUGCAGGUGAGGCAGGACAGCCAGGUGACCUUGGCCUGCCAGGUGGUGCAGGCCCAGGCCUGGGAGCAGCUACACAUCGAAUGGACCAAGGAUGGUGACAUCUUGUGCCAGACACGCAUCAUCAACGGCAGUCUCACCGUGGGUGUCUGCGGGCCUUGGGGACGGCUCUCCUGGCAGCCGCCUGGCAAUCUCACCCUGCAGCUGGACCACGUGAGCCUCAAUGACAAUGGGCUCUACGUGUGCUGUGCGACCGUGGAGAUCCCUGAUUUGGAGGAGGCCCAGGGCAGUGGGACACAGCUCCUGCUGGAGACAGAUGCCUGGCUACUGAACCGGAGCUUCUCAGGGCUCUCCUUCGCACUGCUGGUGACUGGAGCGGUGGCCGUGGCCGCUUUCGCUCUGGGAGCCUGGAUCUGGGGCCGCCGCCGCUGCCGGAACAGAGACGCAGGGAAUCCACUCUACAUCAAUGCCUUAUAUCAGCCCCGGAGGGCCCCAAGGAAGAGUGAAGCAUGGCCUGUGUAGGGGAAGAUGCUGGACAUCUCCAGCAAGAAUCAGAAGGGCCAAAGCUUCUAUUCGAUCUCUUUCCCCUGGCCCCCCACCCCCAAGCGGCCUCUGGCUCCCAAAUCUUCCUCCAGCCCCAGGCCCAGUCACCCCAUC